CUCGUUCGCUUGUCACUAUUUAUUUCUAGCCGAACCCGUCGGCCCGGUGGCGGAUCGCUACCUAGUAAGAAUCGUGCAUGCCAUCAAACAACAUCCUCUCUCAAAGGAUUUCCUGGGGCUGGAAUGUACCUUCAUCCAGAGGAUCAAUAACCAACACCGCACUAAAAUGCCAACAGCCAGGAUGAUCCCCAUCGAUGAGCUGACAAUCGACAAGGCUCACGAAGCUUUCAAGAGUGGGGCAUAUACCUGCCGUGAACUUGUAGGAGCAUACAUCGCGCGCAUCAAGGCACUCGACCAAGAGGGACCAAAGCUGAACGCCAUCACAGUCAUAUCCUCAUCCUGUCUGGAGGAAGCGAGUGCACUUGACGAGCACCUGAAGGAAGAUGGAUCUUUCGUUGGUUCCCUCCAUGGCGUUCCUGUCAUCGUAAAGGAUCAAUGCGAUACGAAAGAUAUUCCGACGGCGUACGGUAACGUCUGUUGUGUGCAUACUCCAACGGAAGAUGCGACUCUGGUGAAGAAACUGAGGGAAGCCGGCGCAAUCAUCUUGGCGAAGAGCACGAUGCCAGAUUUUGCAGCGUCGUUCAACUCCGCGUCCUCACUCAGUGGUAUUACCUUGAACCCAUACAAAAAUACUCGUGAGACGGGAGGUUCUAGUGCGGGCACUGGUGCAGCAAUCGCAGCAAACAUGGGACUUAUCGGAGUGGGCGAGGAUACUGGUGGAUCUAUCCGAGUCCCAGCGUCGUUUUGCAAUCUCGUCGGGCUGCGGCCCAUUGUUGGUCUGAUCUCUAGAGCUGGACUUUCGCCUUUGGUCAAGUCUCUAGAUACGCCAGGUCCGAUGACGAGAACAGUUAGAGACGCGGCUUUAAUGAUGGAUGUCAUGGUGGGGUACGAUGCGAAAGAUCCUUAUACUGCGUCCGCCGUGAUUGCUGGAUCGCCACGAGAAGGCAGCUAUGCAUCGAAUCUCUCCGAGACAGUUUUGACGAAAUCACGGAUCGGGGUCCUAAAAUCAGGCUUUGGUCGCGAUCAUCUGGCCGAAUGUACGAGUGUAAGUGACGUGGUUCGCGGGGCACUAUCAAGAAUCGCAACGACAGGUGCCACGCUUAUCGAAAUCGACAUUCCAGACGUCGACUACUAUGUUACCACCAGCUCCAUAUAUCUGUCAAGAUCACGAUAUGAUAUCCAAAAUUUCCUCGAGGCCCAUCCCGUCAUUGAAGAUGUCAGCUUCGAAAGCAUUCAUUCUUCAGGCAAAUUCCACCAAUCACUGCCCCUCUUCCACAGGCUGGGAGCACCAAAAGCCUUCAAACACCCAUAUGAGGAUCCAGAAUACGCAAAGCGACUUGAAAUCCAACAAGAAUUCCAAAGACUUGUGAUCGGUGUUAUGGCUGAGCACAACCUGGACGUGAUUGCAUUCCCGAGUGUUCAAAUCCCAGCACCGUUCGUCUCCGAUGUCCUUGGCACAAGGUUUCAAUACCAUUUCCCGACCAACACCAGUAUUGCUAGUCAGCUGCAAUUCCCAGCUAUAUCGAUUCCGGUUGGUUUUACAGAGAAGACUGGUUUGCCUGUAGGUUUAGAGUUUGUCGGCAUUCCUUACUCCGAACAAAAGCUACUGGACCUUGCGUAUGGCGUGGAAAGCUUGAUCAAGGCGAGGAGAGCUCCAGUAUUUGAAUGUCUUGAGACAUGAACUGGUAUUUUGAACGAUCAGGACAUGAAUAUCGCUUAUCAAGUUUCCCAAUGCAUGGAAAAAUGAGCAAAAGUGGCACAAUCCUACUUAGGCAUCAGAUGUGUAAAUUGUUAUUUUAGUUAGGCUUUAAAAUUCAAUCAUUGCAAGUAAGUACAUGU